CAGGGCUUAUACAGCAUAUACCUAUCACAUAUAAGGCAGACUCUGAAGCAUGCAUUCCCAACGAACAUGAAUGACAACGGCACUACGCAAUAGCUUCUACCUUCAGUCGCAUCAUCUGCCAACAGCCCCUCUCAAGACCAACGACCGAGAUCUCCAUUAAACCUUUCUACAAUGUCUUCCAAAAUCAGCUUCAAGCCUAAAGUGAGCAUCACUCACAUUGGAACUGCGACGGCCAUCCUUGAUAUCGAUGGCGUGCGCUUCUUGACCGACCCUUUCUUUUCCCCAGCAGGUACCACUUGGGACGUGGGUGUCACCAUCCUCCAGAACACCGAAGAUCCUGCUCUCAAGCUCGAUCAGCUUCCUCCCAUCGAUGCAGUGCUGUUGAGCCACGAAGACCACCCCGAUAAUCUCGACGAGCUGGGCCGCCGGCUCCUCGACGGCCGCCACGUCUUCACGACCGUGGACGGAGCCAAGAACCUCGCUCCUCGUCCGGCGGUCGUUGGCAUGGAGCCAUGGACCACCGUUGAGAGACGUAUCGGCGGAAAGGUCUUCCGCAUCACGGCCACCCCGUGCCAGCACCUACCCGGCGGUGAAUGCAUUGGAUUCUUGCUAUCGUCGGACGACUUCGGGAUUGGACCGAACAAGCUGCCGAACGCCAUUUACUUCACAGGCGACACGGUAUACAUGGACGAAUUGACCACGAUUACCGACAAGUUUCACGUUCCCAUUGCCAUGAUGAAUCUCGGUUCCGCCCAUGUGCAGUUUCCGGACAGGGACGCGCCGCUGCAAAUCACCAUGGACGGCAAGCAGGCGGCUCGUCUAUUCCGAGAGAUCAAGGCAGACCAUUUGGUGCCCAUGCAUUACGACAAGUCGUGGGGUCAUUUCACUCAGUUUGAGGAAGGACUGGCCAAGGAUUUUAGAGAUGAGGGUGUUGAUGACAAGGUCAGGUGGUUGAAGCCAGGAGUUGCAGUUGAAAUUAUUUGACUAGCAACAAGGAAUUCCUCGAGGGAGUAGCUUAGUCUGGAUAGUUCAACAAAUUUCGAUCAAUGAGAAUGAUUGAACAGAACCUGCAACAAGAAUUUAAUCAUUUCUCGGUCUCGACAGGUGUUGACGAAGCUAUGAGUUCAUGUUCGAAACGCCGGUGUACAUCAUGAGGCAAAAACACCAGUAAUUUAGAAA